CCCGCGGCCGAACAUGGCGGGGCCCGCGCUGCUGCUGGCGGCCCUGCUGGCGGCCGCCGUUUCCUCCUCGUCAGCGUCGUUCUCUGCCGGGCUGGGCAGCCCCGGGCAGCCGCGGCGCCGCGUGCAAGUGCUGUGCGGCUCCAACUGGAGCCUGGCGCUGCAGGGGCAGUGGAUGUUGGAGUUCUAUGCUCCUUGGUGUUCGGCUUGUCAACAGAUGGAAUUGGCAUGGGAGAGUUUCGCAAAGGAAAGUGAACAUCUAGAUAUCACUGUGGGAAAAGUGGAUGUCACUCAAGAACCAGGUUUGAGUGGUCGUUUCUUUGUCACAACACUUCCUACAAUUUACCAUGCAAACAAUGGAGUAUUUCGCAGAUACCUAGGCUCACGGACACUGGAAGAAUUUCAAAAUUAUGUUUUAGAGAGAAAAUGGGAAGCUGUGGAGCCUGUAGCAGGAUGGAAGUCUCCAUCUUCUAUAAUGAUGCAUGGUAUGGCAGGGCUAUUUCACCUCUCUGGAUGGAUCAGGCAAAUUCAUAGCUACCUCACGGGCACUCUCGGAAUUCAUGUUUGGAUUUCUUAUGCAAUCUUCAUCUUAGCUACCUUAUUGAUUGGCCUGUUCCUGGGUUUGAUAUUGGUUUUGAUUUCAGACUGCUUUUGCCCAUCCAAGUCAAGAUACAGAGCUGAAACAUCUGAAGAAGCAGUUACAAAGGAUAAUGUGGAGAAUGCAGCAUUAGAAGAACCGGAGGAGGCUGCAGAGCUUUCUGCAGAUGAUGCAGAAGAGACUGCAGAUGUAAAAGAGCUUUCAGAUGAAGAUGCAGCAAAUUCAAGUGCUGAUGACUCAGAGGAGGAUUUAGCACUUGGAAAAGAGUCAGGGGAAGAAGAGAUGGAAGACUUAAGUGAACAACCUUUAGCUGAUCCAGAGACUGAAAGCUCACUAAGACAGCGCAAAAGUCAGGUGGCUGAUAAUGGACUAUAGUUUUUGAUGGUGUAUUUUGUACAUUUGGACCAAAGAAGUGUCAGACCCUCUGUCUGAAGCUGAAGUUUAGACUUGAUUUGUCGUUUGUGUUUACGCAAAACCUCUGCUCUGUCAGCAGGCUUCUAUUUUUUAAGCUAACACUUGCUCAUUGGGUUUGUUUCAUAAGCACAUAUGCUGUGUAUUGCAUAACUUUAGCCAUGACAAUCAAAAUAAGUGUAUCCUAUCUGUUUGAAGUCUUCUAUGAGAAAGGCUAUGUAACAAAGUCUCUGUUCACUGGCUAUAGAAUGGUCAUCUAUGCUUGUGUUCCUUUGUAGGUAUUGAACACUUUUCUGUCUGAAUAUUUAUUGUUUCUGACUGCCACAGAAGUACCAGAUAAGUGAUACAGUAGUGAAAGAAGGCACUUUCUAGUCUUCUAUUAACAACGUAAUGUGUAAUGGGCUUAUUGUUAUCACUUUCAACUAAAGCACCUUUCCCUUUCAUUGUUAUUAAUGUUUGUUUUGAAAAUUUAUCUUACAGUAUACUGUGUUCCUCCAGAUUUUUCAGGGUUUGGUAAUUUGGAGGCAUGCUGCACAGCUCAAACUUGUCAGCUGAUUUUUUUCACUCAAGGAUUUUGAGUAAUUGAAAGCCUCAGGCUGAGAAGGAGUGGCAGCUAAAAAUUUAAAAUACACUUGGUACUUUUAAAAGGUUUAAGGGAAAUUAUUUUGGUUAGAGAGCAUUUUUGCCGAAGCAUCACUUUUUUUUUUGGUCCCCUUCAAGAGAUUGUGGCAAGAAGUAUAUGCUUUGCAGUCAGUAAGUUGUAUAUUUCUUGCCAGUACAAGCUUGUCAUAUGCAGUGCAAUUCUUCUGCUUCCAACUCAGAAUACUUUUGGCAGAACUCAAACAGCUUUAGUAAUAUUGACUGAAGAGACACUUAAGGUUUUACCUUUGAUUGCUUUUCUACUUUUUGUCCCUGGAAUUGGCACAUUUAGAAAAGGGAGGGACAUGGGUGGAUAGUUUGGUUUUGUUACCUUUUUCAAAGCAAAUCUGUGUCUCUUGAACUGCAUAAAGUGAAAAUGGCUUGCCAGGUAGCCAGCAUUAGGUUUGGGUAGAAGACUCGAAUCCUUAAAGAUACUGGUAUUUCCCUCCUUUAAUAUAUAAGGGUUUUUUUGGUAAAGAAUACUUGCAGUGAGAUCCUGUAUGUUCCUGUCUUGUUGAUGUGUCUUAAUCUUGCUUUUUUAAAAAAUUAUAUAUAUAUAUUGCAUAAACCUUGAUAACAUACAUGAAUUUCAUCUUCUUCAUCAAGAUGAAAGAGUAAUUAGAGAUGAAAUAAGGUCUCAUUAGAAGAGACAAGGUACAAGUGCUAAAUGCUGGUUUUCUUUGAGACUAAUAGGGCAAAUUUGUUGAAAGGUUGUGUUUUUUUAAAUGCUUGUAAAGAGCAUAUUUACUAAGGAAGCUUAUAUUUUCUUAUCUGUAUGCUGUUGCAUAUUGUGUUUUGGAACUAUACUGUAGAAACUUUGCGUUUGUCUGUUACAGCUGUAUAAAGAACAGAAUUAAACUCCAUAUAUUGAAUAUGAAUUUUCCUAAGCAAUAUUUUCAGUCCGGAGUUUGAAUUUCAUGUAGUAAACGUGUAAAUAUGUUUUCACAUAUGUGAAAUCGUACAGUUCAUAAAAUAUUUUUGCAGGGGCACCCACAAAAUGGACAACCAGCCACUCAAAAUGAAGGCGCAUUCCAAACAAAAUUACUUAGUACUUCAACAAGCCAAAAUAAACCACAAUUUCAGAUGUCAAGCUGGAAUGUUACUACAUAACCAACUUAAGAAUUCUUGUUUCAUGAAUAAUCCUUUAGAAGGUUGUAGAAGCUGACAGACAGCGGAACUCGGUAGCAGCUGAUGUAUGUAGCAGGGUCUUUUUCCAAAUCGAACAAACAACUCCAAAGCUAGGCUUUUAUUUCAAAAAAUCAAGAAGACUGUGGCCAUUGUAGUCUGGAGAAAAGAACUGUGCACCUAAAUGCUCAAAGUGCUGAUUUGUUGUUUCCAGGAUGUAAUAGCUUUCUUCAUUUUCUGUGCAUCAGGAGCACAUAAAAUUCUAAAAGCAAAGCAAGACUUCAACCACGUUUCAUGAGACGAACAGGAAUUGGCGUGUGUGUUCAGUUACAUGAACUUGCAUAAGAUGAGUAGACAUAUCCCCUCAGUCAUGGAUCCAAAAUUGCCAGACGUUAAAAAUAUGUGGGACUGUAUCCAGCAUAGACUGAGAGUAAUGAUUACUUUGGUUGUAUACCAAAGAGGAUAUUUUUAUAAUGUAUAGGGUCUUGUGAUAUGCAGUGUGUAGGAGGGAUCAUGUCAAUACUAAGUUCUGAUUCAGUUUCUCUUCUGUAAUACCAUGAAGACAAUUAUCUAAUAUCCUUUUCAGCUGUUUAAAGAGGUUUUAACUCUAAGAGAUAUGGAACAUCCUUUUACUUCACAGUGGCUUUGGUGUAUGGGCAUAUGAAGUAUUAAAAAGUAGAGUGUACCUCUUUUGAGUGUAUUUGGGCUUUUUGAGUGCUUAGGCAAAUAAGCUGUUCUUAUAAGUGCUGGAUUUUAUUAUGGUGUCUUUGAAUUGUUUCUAAAAAAACAAACAAACCCACAAACUACAAAGAAGGAAAUAUUACUGCUAACUUGGGUUUGACUGUUUGUGACAUGUUUUGGAGUAUCUGAUCACAAAGUUCACUAAAUUGUGAUUAAGACUUCAGAAAAACUGGUGCUAUGCAAGCAUCGAUAUCUCCAACUUAGUUGAACAUUUGUAGGAAAAAUACUGUAGUGCAGUAGCAGAGAUAGUCAACUCUGACUAAUGUUUGUCCAGCAAACGAGUAGCAAACAGUAAAGGCCAAAUUUGUGUUUAACAAAGACCGUUAGCUUUGCGGUGAGUGUGAUGUUGCCUUCCAGAAUUAGUUUUUUCCCACUAAAAUGCAUUUUAAUUGAAUCAUGCAAAUGUAGUACUAAUUAGACUAUUACUGUAGUAUUAAAAUUGGUCCAAAAUGUCAGUAUUAACCUUUUGUGCAGUCUGAGUGUUCUGUUGUCUCUGUCCUCUGUUAUGAUUGAUUUAAAAGAGUGGAACUUGUUCUUGCAAACUCAGUAUAGGCAAUGUGUCCUUGGAGAAGCUUCUGCUAACACCGCUCAGAAUGUUUUGAUUAAAUGUAGGGCUGUAAGGCUUGUAAGCUAGAGCUGUAUGACAAAAAUUACUUAAGAUAUUUGAGAACCAAUUUAAAUUCCAAAUGGGAUGUGAGCCCCCCCGAAAACCAGUCCCUGAUGGGUCUGAACAUGAAUGCUUAAAAGCAAGUCAUUCAAAAAAUCUGGUGGGUUACUUCCUAAAGAGGAUAGAGAUACGUUACAGCCUUUCAAAACUCCUGUCCUUGAGAUUGGUGUGAAACUUGUAUGUGCAUCUUGGGAUGUUCUGUGUGUGCCAAACCUCUGUGGAGCAACACUUGUUAUGUGGGUUUUCUUCAUAGGAAUGUUAUACAGGAUUGUCUUUCAUAUGGAAAUGUUGCAAAUUUAUACUGUGGGUAUUUUCGUAGAAAUUCCAUAUAAAUUUUGUAUUCAUGAUUGUCUUGUAGUUAUUUUUCAUUUUCUCAAUGUGUAGAUGGCUCAUCUGUAUGACUAAGAAAAGAUUUUUCUUUUUGUACUGAUCUUCCAAUUAACAAUAGAGGUUGUGACUUGUGAAGAUUGCUUGAACUCUUUAAAACAAACCUGUACAGUAAUGAAUUGCUUCCAUUUUACACAAGUGAGAAAAAUGCUUGGAAGGACUGACAUUUUCAUUGUGGUAACUCCAGGAUGAGCAGAACGUUCUCGGAGAAGGUGUAAGAUGCAACUGAGACUCCAAUGGAGGCUGCUGGGCAAAACCACGUCACUCUGAACCCUUGAUGACUCCACCUCUAGGUUAGCUUUUCUCCUCUUGAAAAAUCCACUGUCAAACUCCCUGCAAAUCGUGUGCUAACUCUGGGAUUUGAAGGACAGCAGUAUGCUUCUCCUUGCUAGUCAAGUAGAAGUAUGGAUGUCUAAAUGGCGUGUUUUCUGACCAUAGUUCACAGCAAGCAGUCGUUGCUAAAGGAGUAGGCCCUAGGGCCAGGCAUGUUGGAGGGAGAACUAACUAGCAGGAACCAAUGCUGCAACAUAUUUGGAUGAUGUGUACUACUACUACUGGAUCCAGUACA